AUGAAUUUUUGGAGGAAGAAGACGACGAAGAAGAACUCAGAAGCAAAUCAACGGCUAAGAUUGUUCCAAGAGAAUGGGAAGGUCUUCUUAGAAGAUCUCGUCGAGCUUUGCAAUGGCCAAUCCAAUCCAAUCAAAGCUUACUCUGCUAACCAAAUCCUCGAAGCCACCGACAAUUUCAGCGAGAGAAAUCACCUGGUCCGAUUCGAGUUUAUGUACAGAGGUAUGCUCGAAAACCGUCCUGUCCUAAUCAAAAGACCCGUAUGGAAAUUAUACACAUCAGAUACACUAGAAAAGAUCUGUCGCGACAUAGCGGUCUCAUCGAUGGUCAGUGGUCACAAGAAUUUCCUCAAACUGUUAGGAUGCUGUCUCGAAUUCGAGUAUCCUGUCUUAGUCUGCGAAUAUGCAGAACGUAUACCUUACAAAACUCCAAAUCUUGGAAUGUUCUCGUGGGGAUUGGGAACGCGGAUUAAGAUAGCGAAAGAGAUCGCGAUCGCGGUUUCUUACCUUCACACGGCGUUUUCAAGAACUAUGAUCCAUAUGGAUAUACAACCUUCCAACAUAUUCUUGGAUUCGAAUGGAACAGCAAAGCUUAGUGGGUUUUGUCUCUGUGUCUCGAUUCCAGAAGGAGAGACAUUUGUUAAGGUCGAUGCUGAGAGAGUAGAAGGAGUUUUGGAUUACCUCGAGUAUAAGUAUGUGACGAGUGGUGUAGUCACUGAGGAUACAGAUGUUUUUAGCUUUGGAGUCUUGCUGCAAAAUCUUUUGACGAGAAACUGUGAAGUGGUUGAUUGUUGCAGUGAUAAUGAUGAUGAGAGUCUGUUUGAGUACGAACAGAAUGUGAUGAAGCUGAGGAUUUCAGAUAGGGUUUCCAAGUUUGUGGAAGAAGGAAGAGUGUUUGAGAUCUUGGAUCCUAAAAUGUUGGAGAGUUUGGUUGAUGAAGAGCACGAGAGACAGCGAAUGGAAGCAGUCCUUAUGCUCUCACUCAGAUGCACUGGUCAUAGAGGUCAUGUUCCAAAGAUGAUUGAAGUUGCCAAGGAACUUAGACGGAUUGAGAAAUGGACGCAAAGAUGA